CGUCAGCGCUGAACGUGUGUGCAGCGCUGAGAGCACAGAAAUUCAGCAGAACACAGCUACAGAUACGAAAACAGAUAGGGAAAAAGAGAUACAGUUACGGAUAAAGUGAAAGUGAGCCGCACAACAAAAGAUACGCGAUACCGUGUAGCGUGUAAUAUUCGUAAUUGAAUCCGAGAACGACAAAUACAUAAAAAGCAAUGGACGACUUGCCACGCGCAUUAAACUACGAGCUGUCGCACGAUUUGCAUUUCGAUCAUUUCGGCGGCGCCGCACAACAGAUUUUGGAUAACGGCAAGAACGUUGCCGUACAAGCCGCCGAAGCCUCAACGCCAACCAUCAGCACACUGGAUGUGCUGACCAAUAGUGAUUUCCUGCAAAAGAUUGGGGAAACCAUCUUCAACUCGAUACAGCUAAAGCAUCAGAAAAUAAACGAAGCCAACUACGCACGGAAUUCCAGCGAAAUGUCCAUGGACUUCGAUUUCGCAGCCAAUCGUGUGGUGCUGGACAGCAGCAGUGUGGACCAACUGCAGCAGCAGCUGGAGUACGACAAGUUCAUGAACGAGGUGUGGAUUGGCAUUGUCUUCACGCUAAUCUUGAUCUCGAUGGUCUUCUGCAUCUGCUCCUGCUUCCUCUACCACCAGUUUCGCACCUGGAAACGCAAUUAUCAUAAUAAUGCCAACAGCUCAUCGCAGUGCACAAUUAUUGAUGUUGAGGCAUUGAAAUUGCAGCCCGACUUGGAAGAUCCGGUUCCGGAAUACACACUGGUCUCCGGCCUGCCCAGCUAUGAGGCUGCCUUGGAGUUGUUGCACAAAACGCCGCAAUCGUCGUGCUUGAUUGUCUAUCCGAGCGUGUUUAAUGUGUUCAAUAAGCAUGAGAGACCCAACACAGCAACAGCAACAGCAACAACAGCAGCAGCAACAACGGCGACAACAUCCACAGCCAUAACAGACGUUGUGGAAUCCGCGACAGCAACGCUGCCACAGACGUUGUCGUUGUGUGAGGCAUCAACUCCACUGUUGCCAACAAUAGCAACAACAAUAGCCACAACAGCAGCAGCAGCAAUAUCCACACCCACAUGCGAAACCAUUAAGCCCAAUUUUGUGCCCAGUUAUGCUGAGGUAUUUGGCUUUAAGACCGUCGACGAGAAGAAGAAAUCUUUGAGCUGCCAAAGCCAACACCAAAACCAGACAAAAGGCCAUAGCGAUAAAUGGUAAGAAAUGGCUAUCCAGGGAGCGAGAUCUGAAAUCAGCUCUCAGUUUGAGCUCUCGGACGACACCAACCAAAAUGUGCUCUGUGAUAAUUGCUGCUGUUGGGCUGCCCAGUUUCCCUAACAAAAUGAUACUUUUGUACUUAGAAUCAACUAAGCGCUGUGAUUAUAGAAAAAGAAAAGAAAGAAAAAACAUAUAGACACCUCGUAAGAAAUGAUAUAUACCAUUACCUGUACUUAUGAAUACUUAAACGCUCGAUAUAAAUUCGAUUCGAUUAAUGCUUAAUUGUUGUUAGCUUCUAAGUAGACACCAAUUUAAUGAAUUAAAAACAAAAAACAAACAAACAAAUAUUAUACUAAACACUUUUAAGUCUGAUUAAAUACAUUUGAAAACUUUAA